ACGGAGAGGCGGGAGGCCGGCGGGGACGCGCGGGCGGCGGGGCCUGCGCUCCAGGCUGCGGGAGCCAUGCGGCGGACGAGGAGCGGCGCGGCCACGCAGCCACGCGGGCAGAAGCGGCCUGGGGCCUCGGGGACUCCCGCGCCCACCGCUGCGGCCUCCGGCAGCGGCCGCGCACGGCGCUCAGCCGACCAGGCCGGGGGCGGGAGCCGGGCGGAGCCCAGAUCCCCGUCGGCGAGGCGGCGGCCGGGACAGUCGCCGCCACCGGCCCGGGAGGCGGGUCCCGAAGAGCCGCCGCCGCCGCCCGCGACCCCGACGUCCUCGGUGUCCACGGUGGACCUGGGCGAGCAGCGGGAGCGCUGGGAGACGUUUCAGAAGCGGCAGAGGCUCAGCUUCGAGGGCGCCGCCAAGCUCCUGCUGGACACCUUUGAAUACCAGGGCUUAGUGAAACACACAGGAGGUUGUCACUGUGGAGCAGUUCGCUUUGAAGUUUGGGCGUCAGCUGACUUGCACAUCUUUGACUGCAACUGCAGCAUUUGCAAGAAGAAGCAGAAUAGACACUUCAUUGUUCCGGCUUCUCGCUUCAAGCUCCUGAAGGGAGCGGAGAGCUUAACCACUUACACGUUCAACACACACAAAGCGCAGCACACCUUCUGCAAGAAAUGCGGCGUUCAGAGCUUCUACACGCCCCGCUCAAACCCCGGAGGCUUCGGAAUUGCCCCGCACUGCCUGGAUGAGGGCACCGUGCGGAGCGUGAUCAUCGAGGAGUUCAAUGGUAGCAACUGGGAGAAGGCCAUGAAGGAGCACACGACCAUCAAGAACAUGUCUAAGGAGUGAGCUGCUGCGGAAGUUGCCCUCCCGGAAGCGGAGGAGUGGUUGGGGUCGGCGGUGGCGGCCCUCUCGUUCUAUUCCAGUUGUCUUUAAGGCAGCUCUGUCCUUCCUUAAGCUGCAUUUUGAUGUAGGAUAGUCAACAUCCUUCUUUUACUUCCUAAAUUUUGUGUGAUCUUUUAGAAAAAAAAUAAAUAAAUAUUU